GGAAGAUGGACCGAGUUGGACUUGGGCACCCGGAAGAGAAAGGAGACACUGGCAGCAAAGCGACCAGAGCUGGAGGACAGCCAAACCCAGAGACUUGGGACGAUGCCGAAGCCUUUUAUGCCAACCUCUCCCCACAAAAGAAACCCAAAUCGCCAAAGCCACAGAAUGCCAUCACGAUCGCUGUGUCGUCCAGAGCUUUAUUCCGUAUGGAAGAGGAGGAGAAGAUCUACAGUGAGCAAGGUGUGGAGGCCUACGUCCAAUACCAGCUGGAUCAUGAGAACGAGCCCCUCUUGCCUGGAGCAGCUUUUCCUUUUGUCAAGGCUCUGGAAGCCGUCAACACUCAACUGCGGGAGCUGUACCCAGACAGCGAGGAGCUCUUUGACGUCGUCCUCGUGACCAACAACCAUGCCCAAGUGGGAGUUCGCCUGAUCAAUACCAUCAACCACUACAACCUGUUUGUUGAGCGGUUCUGCAUGACAGGCGGGAACAGCCCCAUCGGCUACCUGAAGGCCUACCACACCAACCUGUACCUGUCGUCCGACUGCGAGAAAGUGAGUGAAGCCAUAGAAGCGGGGAUUGCUGCUGCCACCGUCUUCAGUCCAAGCACAGAUGUGAAGGUCUCUGAGGACCAGCUGCGGGUGGCCUUUGACGGGGACGCUGUCCUUUUUUCAGACGAGUCUGAGCAGAUAGUGAAGGCUCACGGUCUCGACAAGUUCUUUGAGCAUGAGAAAGCCUAUGAGAACAAACCGCUGGCUCAGGGACCACUGAAAGGCUUCUUGGAAGCCCUUGGGAAGCUUCAGAAGAAGUUCUACUCCAAGGGCCUCCGCCUGGAAUGCCCCAUCCGCACCUACCUCGUCACAGCCCGCAGUGCUGCCAGUUCGGGGGCCCGCGCUCUAAAGACUCUCCGGAGCUGGGGGCUUGAAACAGACGAAGCCCUCUUUCUAGCAGGUGCCCCCAAGGGCCCCCUGCUGAAGAAGAUCCGCCCACAUAUCUUCUUUGAUGACCAGAUGUUCCAUGUCGAGGGGGCAAAGGAGAUGGGCACGAUUGCGGCCCACGUCCCUUACGGGGUGGCACAGAAACAUAGGCGCGCGGCACAGGGGAAACAAACCCAGAACAGCAAGUAGUCGUAGAGGGCAGGAUGGGCUGGGACAGCCUUUGGAUACCUGGAGAUCAAAGUCU